CAUGUGAUUUUGUUUUCCGUGUAGCCUUUCAAGUUUUGGAGGUAGUACGUGAAAGACUGGUAGAAACUAGGUUGUUGCACUAUUUACUUGUUGGCGUUCUUAAUUACUCCCCAUACAAUUUUUGUAAUUUAAAUCAUGGUAGGAGUUACGGCUAAGCAUGCAAUGGCCAUUCAGUUCUUCGUAACUUUCAUAAUUAUUUGCGGCGUUAGUGGGCAAAAUAAUCAGAAUGUAAACAAUACUGAAACUGCGACAGCCAGUAUUACAAGUACAGUUUCCGAUCUUCCUAAGAACAUAUCUUGUGAAGUAUUCGAUAAUGAUUGUAAAGCAUGUGUUGAAAAUACCCAGUGUUACUACUGUGAUACCAAUAACAAGUGCAACUUCCAUGUAGAAAGAAUCAUAGCAGAUGGUGAAUGUGACAUAAAAGACGUUCACUUUUGGACAUGCAAAGUGAACUUAAAGAUUAUGCUGAUUUUAAUUGGUACACUGUGUGGAAUUGCAUUUUUAGUUAUCACUAUCUUCUGUUGUUAUUGUUGCUGCAAAAAGCGAGGAGUUAAAUUAUCCAAAGAUGAUUUAAAAUUUGCUCGUCAGCGAGAAGAAAGGAAACAGAUAGCUGCUUUGAAGAGGCAAGAAAGAGCUGAACGAACUGAAGAAAUUCGCCGCAAAUACGGUCUGGUUAAAGAUUCAAAUCCGUAUCAAAGAUUUGAUGCCUAGUGUAAAGGGACUUAGUGGAUGAUGUAAGGUUGAUUAGAAGAGAAUUACUUAAUGCCGAUUCAGGAACUGCACUGUGAAUCUUAAUAUUUUGCUAAAUUUAGGAGGUUAUAUGCUACUGAUACUGUUUCCAUUACUUAAUUUACUGUUUGAUUUAAGUGUGAAAUUAUAUAGCCAAGUAUAAAUUAAAUAAGGAAAAGAAAAUUUUAACAUUUUACUUCUUUUUAAAUGAAGGAAUUGCAGUUAUAGCAUAUAAGACAUCUGUAAAAUUCAUUCUAAUAUGCUCUUUUCCUUUCAGAGAUAUGUAAAUAACAGAGUAACAGUAAGGUGAAGAUCUUGGUUGCAUUUUGUUUACUGUAUUUGUUGCAUUAUUUUUAUGAAAAAAUAUUAGAAAUAUUUAAUAUUUCUUUGAUUAUUUAAAUUUUAAAAUCUGAACAGGAAUUUACAAUUCAGAUAGUUGAAAUGAAAUGGUGAGAAAAAAUUGGUUUUAAGCAGUGUUGCAAAAAUUUGGGAUAAAAAAUACUAUACAUUUUUAAAUGCAUUCUUGCAUUCAUCUGUUUGGUAAAAGACUGAGAAAAUUGCUGCAGCAAAAUGGCCAGAAGUAUGUAUUUAAUGAUUAAGAUAGGUAUGUCAUAUCAAACUAAAUUGUAUGAUUGCAUAUCUGCAUGCAUGAUAAAUAUGAAAGUGUUUUCAUAUUCUGUGGACAAUGCAUAUAUUUUGUACAAGUAUGCCAUUAUAACUCAUUGUGAAACUGAGAUUUUUAUAAACUGUAGAAGAGUGAUUUUUUCUAAGAUAAUUUAAAUGAUCAUAUAUAUGUAUUUUUGUAAUUCUCCUGUAGAAGUUUAUGCAAGACCUUUCAGUGUAUUUUAUAAAUUGUUUGUUUGUGAAUGCAUAUUUAUUCACAUAUUAUUAAGAUAUCUUAAUAUUAUUAUAAAUAAUUUUUCUCCAAAUGCUGUAUAUCACAUGGAAAUUGUCAAUCUAAUAUACUUUUGAUGAAUAUUUAUUAGAAUUAAUAUUUUGAUAUAAUUAUGUACAGUUUGUAUUCAUAUAAAAAUAUAUACUAAAAAAUGUUUUGUAAGAUUCCACUUCCAAGUUUUUUCUAAAUAUGUGACUUCUGUGAAAGAUUGGCCAAACAAAUUUGUCCUUUGGUAUUUAGUGCAAAUGCAUUUUUUCUGAAGUACUCUAAUUUUUGGAGCCUCAUACCAUUCAUUAUGCUGGUUACGUCACCUGUUACCAAGAUGUAAAAUUUGCUGUAUAUUUAUAGUUUUGUCAGUGGAAUGGAGGAGGGUAUAACACUUCAUUGUGUUUUUUAAAUUGUGCUUAACGCACUAAAUAACCAAGUUCCAUCUAAGUAGUGAACUUCUAUAUGUACAGAUAUUUAGCUGCAGAUGUAUACAUUCAUAUGUGUGUACAGUUUGUAAAGUAGUUUUAAAUGCUCAGAGCUUGGUGAAAAUAUCCCAAUGAUGUCAGGAGAUUAUUUGUUGUAAUAAGGCAGUAUGAUGUAAUAUUAAAAUUGUUUGCAUGUAGUAUAAGUGUCGGACAUAUUUGUUUUUAUUAUUUUCAUCGAUAUGAGAAAAUGUGAAAAGUGAUUUUAAUCAUAACAUUGCACAAAAUAAAAGUUCAGUAGUUAGAUUGAAAGUAUGUUGGAAAUAUUGGAAGAAAUAGAUGCAAACGAUUAUUAGUGCCGUUCAUGCAUUAUUAUCAGGAAGUCGAUGUUUACAAUAGUUACUAAACAUAAGUUUAGAUUAAUAGGGGUCUAUGAUUAUGCAGUCAACAAUUAAGAAACUAAUUUGGUCUCUUAGAUAACCUUUAGCUUACAAACUAGCUAGUCGCUAAACUAGGUUUAUAUGUCAAGGGCCUUUCUGCAUUAUAUCAUUUCUAAUUUAUCGUGGGUAUUUGUACUUCAUAAGAAUUAUAAAAUUAAGAUACAAGAUGUAAUAUAAAAAUGUCAUGUUCAUCCGGUUCUGUGUUCUUAUAAACUAAUAUUUAUUAUUUUUGAAGCACUAAAUAUUUCACUGGAAGAUAUUUUAUCAUUUAUCUGUUAAUUUAAUAUAGUUUAGGUUAAAUGAUGUACUUAAAUUUGAUGUCUGUUAUUGAUAUAAUAUGAAGUAUAUUAUUUCAGUAAUGUAUAAAUCAUAUAACUAUAAACUUCAAUAUGUAUAACUCGUAUUAAACUUUGUUUUUUUUUUUUUUUUUUUUUUUUUUUUUAGAAGUGAUAUGAAAUAUUCAUGCUAUUCACAGCUGCAUAUUUAUAAAUUUAAGAAAGUGAGCAAAAUACAAACACACAUACAAAACUGAGUGAUAAUUUUUUGCAUUGUUUUGCCCUUUUUCUUUGAGAAACUCUGAAAUAAAUGAAAGAGUGCAGUGAAAAGGAAAAGAAAGAUUUAGUGUAAUUUUUAUCUUCAAUAGCUGUGCUUAGUUAAUCAAAACUGUUUAAUGUUUUCUCUCUUCAAGUUAUUUUUAUGUAAAAUGCUAACUAACAAAGUGUAUAAAGUACCUUCAUGCCAUUUGUCUCUUAACUACCCCAUUUUCAUAAUUUAAAUUGGCAGUACCAAAGUGUAACUAUGUAUAUUGUUUGGUAAAGCACUAUUGAAGAAUUACACAUAGAAGACAUUUUAAAUGUCAUAUUUUGAAGACCAAAACUGAAUGGAAGAAAUUUUUAUAGAUUUAUAGCUUUCAUUUCUUCAGUGAAUUAUUUAUAAAGUUUGGGCCUUAUUAUUCAUUCCAUUAAGCUGUUAUUAAUUACCAAAGAUGGUUUCCAUUUUUACAUUAGAGUAAGCUUUGUAUUACACAGUAAGAUGUCAUAAUCUUGAUAAUUUAUAUACAGUGGAACAAUUUCUAAUUUUGUACAUUUGAUUACAUCUUUGAUAUCGUGCUGUAUAUCAUAAAUAUUCUAGAUGAAGUUUUGUAAUAUAUUUUAAAUGUAUUUUAUAUGGAAUAAAGUAUUUUGAAUAUGUA